AAAAAAGGUGAGUGAGGAGAAUGGAGGAUCAAAUUUAUAGCUGAUUCCAUCAUUUGAUAUAAAGCAGCAAGGAAGGUAAAAAUCGAGCAUGCAUGAAUUGAAGAAGAGGAAGGGAAGAAGACUUAAUCUGCAGGAACUGGGAAGAGAAGAGAAGAGAAGUGGAAGAAAGAAAGAUGAGGGAAGAGGAGGAGGAGGAGAAGGCGGUGUUGGAACAAAUCUUCGGGUCUUCAUCCGAGGAAUCUGAUGGCAGUGACGGCUACAGCGACGGCGAAAGGGAAGGUGAGUGGGAGUGGGAGUCAAUCUCAGAAGUGAAGGGUCUAUGGCUGUGUCCCAAUUUCCUCUCUCCACGCCACCAAUCCCGUAUACUCGCAUCCAUCCAAUCCCAAAACUGGUUCCCCUCUCCCUCCAUCAACCAGGCCAUGCGCUUCGGCCUCCAACACCUCCCUUCUUGGGCCCCUCCUCUGGCCCACUCCAUUCGCCGCUCCAUCCGCCUCCAGGCCCAUAACCCACCCCCCUUCCCGCCCCACAUCCUCCACAGAGAACCCCUCUUUGACCAGAUGAUCGCCAACGUCUACCAGCCCGGCGAAGGCAUCUGCGCCCACGUCGACCUCCUCCGCUUCGACGACGGCAUCGCCAUCCUCUCCCUCGAGUCCGACUGCGUCAUGCACUUCACCAACGCCUCCCUCUCCGUUCCCGUUCUCCUCACCCCUGGCUCAUUGAUCCUCAUGUCCGGAGAAGCACGCUACCAUUGGAAACACGAAAUUAAUCGCUCACCGGAGUUUCAGAUAUGGCAGGGUCGACAGUUGACUCAAUCCAAACGCACCUCUAUCACUCUCAGGAAACUCUCUCCCUCCACUCCCUGAUUGUUCCAAUUUCACGGAUAUUAUUAUUCGCCAUUCAAAAACAAUUUCAAUUAUAAUAAUAUAACAGUACUAAUAGUAA